AUGGCAUUGGCUGCGGGGCAGUCAUCGGAAUCGAUAUAUCGGAAUUUGAUUGAGAGCAACCCUGUUGAUGGCGAUCAAAAUGGACUAUUGGACAGUGUUGUAUCCCUAAGGAGGGACAAGGAGUUUGAUAAGAAGCUACAAGAUAUCAAAGAUGCAAUUCAGUGUGGGGUACAUCCUGAACGCAUAGUCCAGGGUAGUAGCGGCAGUUAUUUCUGUAAGAACGCAAAGGGAGAGAAAAUAGGGGUAUUCAAACCAAAGGACGAAGAACCGUACGGCUCUUUAAACCCAAAAUGGACGAAAUGGCUUCACAGAACGAUAUGCCCUUGUGCAUUUGGACGAAGCUGUCUGAUUCCUAAUCAGGGCUACCUGUCGGAAGCUGGUGCAAGCAUCGUUGACGAUGCAUUGCAAUUAAAUGUGGUGCCCCGAACUAAGGUGGUGAAAUUAGCGAGUCCAGCCUUCAACUAUGACAGAUCAGUAAGAUUUGUUCGGUGGUUUUCACCCAACAAACCAUUGCCGCCAAAAACCGGGUCUCUACAGAUGUUUGUUGCCGGAUACAAGGAUGCUAUUGAAAUGGUGGGACUGCUGGAGGCCGAAGAUGCGGACCCACAUCUUUUAGAGUCAUUCCAACCGCAGUUUGAGAGAAUGGUCGUGCUGGAUUAUAUUACACGAAAUACAGACCGUGGCAUGGAGAAUUGGCUGCUGAAAGUUCAGAAGAAGGAAGGUCGCAACACAGACACACAGAACACUAGUACACUGACAGCACAGCUGCCGGAGGGCAGCCAUUUUAUUGCUGAAACUAACGACGCAUCUUACACCAUAAGCCUAGCUGCAAUAGAUAAUGGACUUAAUUUUCCUUUUAAACAUCCGGAUUCCUGGAGAACAUACCCCUAUCACUGGGCCUGGUUGCCGCAAGCCAGAAUUCCGUUCUCGGAGGCCCUGGUGGCCAAGUUAAUGCCAUUAUUGAUCGAUGAAGCUUUUGUCGAGAGUAUGAUCGAAAGGAUACAUCUCACGUUCAAGAAAGAUAAAGGGUUCAGUAAGACACUGUGGCUGAAGCAAGCAUCAGUCAUUAGGGGCCAGGUUAUGAAUUUAAUGCAAGCUCUAAAGGAUCGGCUGACGCCCUGGCAAUUACUUCAACUACCAAUAUUCACGAUCACUGAGGAUGGCAAGCAUCGAUACCAGGUGAGUCUGAGUUUUUUGAUACGAUGAUUUUCCUUCGUGGGCAAGGUGAUCGCUCGAUGACAUAUUCAUA